AUGGUUGCCUAUUAUUUAGCGAAAGACACACAAACUGAAUUAGCUCAAAUAGCUCAAACUAUAGCUACACCUGGUCUUAUUGGAUCUCGUUUUCCAUCGAUAAAUAUUGAAAAUAAUGAAGAAAACUGUCGUUAUUAUAGUCAAUUAUUAUUGAAAACUCAAGAAUGUCAACAGCAUAUAAGUGCUAUUAUACUUUGUAAUGAAGCACUCUAUCAUAAAACGGAUGAUAGUGAUGCAUUGUUUCCACAUUUAUUAACACAAAUUGGUAUCAUACCAGGUAUUACAGUUGAUAGAGGAUUAAUUAUAUUAGCUGGCACUGAUCGUGAAACAACAACACAAGGUUUAGAUAAUCUUGAUGAACGCUGUCGUGGAUAUAAAAAACUCGGUGCACAAUUUGCUAAAUGGCGUGCUUUGUUUAAAAUAGGUCAAAAUUGUCCAUCACAAUUAGCUAUUGAUGAUAAUGCUUCAAAACUUGCACGAUAUGCUUCAAUAUGUCAACAGCAUGGUCUUGUGCCAAUUAUUGAAUCAGAAGUAUCAUCAGAAGAUGAUCAUGAUCUAGAAGAAUGUCAACGUAUAACAGAAAAAAUAUUAGCAACUAUUUACAAAUCGUUAAAUGAUUAUCAUAUUUAUCUGGAAGGUACACUUCUUAAAUUAAAUAUAGUUUCUCCCGGUAAAAAUUGCUCGAAAAUUUAUUCAACUGAACAAAUAGCAAAAGCAACAGUGAUUACACUUCGUCGUACAGUACCAACUGCUGUACCUGGAAUAAUAUUUCUAUUUAAUGAACAUAAUGAAGAAAAUUCAAUACUUUAUUUAAAUGCUAUUAAUCGUAUUGAAUUAUAUAAGCCAUGGACAUUAUCGUUUUGUUAUGAAUGUGCACUUCAAAAAUCUGUUUUAAGCGUUUGGAAAGGAAUUCAAAAUAAUAAUGAACAAGCCUGA